AUGGUGUAUACCACCGGUUCGGACGGCGUACAUUCCUUCUCUCAUACGUGCAGUGUUGAGCCGGGCACGGAAAUCCAGUACAAAUUUAGAGUCGGAACGGGAAACUGGUGGGUGCUGAAGGAGGACUCUCCAACAGCGGGCAACCAGAACAACGUGCUGAAGGCGACAGCCUCGUCCGCGACUUCCAAAACCGCCAAUGAUGUCAUUUCCCACGAGCACCAAAACGGCGCCGAGGCCGCGGAGCAGGGCGCCAUAUCCGACGGCGAUUAUGUGAAUGUUCACCACGACUCGACGGACAAUCUCAUCAAGAGUGGCCCUCCAGAGGCCCAAGACACCAAGGCCGCCGCCGGCCUGGGGGAGCGCGCUACGACACCAACAGCGGAGUGCGCCAUCAUGGAUGAAGAAGAAGUGGAGCUUGACAAUUGCGACGGCGACCAGGGAAUUCCCACUCAAAUUCCGAAAACGUACCUUGUCAUACCAAUGAAGCUCAAGAGCAUCGUCACUCGCCUCCGGGGCAAAGUUAACCACCCUGGCACAACCGGCGCCCCCGUCGAAGAGCAAAAGAAACUCGCACCCGCGGCCGAGUCUUCCGCAAAGCAGGUAUUCAAAGCCAUGGCGCCCUCCGGAACCGACCCCACUCUCAACAUCGUGCUCAAGAAUAACACGAGAUCGAACAACCUCUACGCCCACAUCACCGGAUUAGCCAUCGACAAAGGCGGGGUGCCCUUCUUUCUCCAGUCAGACGGUGUAAGCGCAUACUACCCGCAGUCGCCGGGCGCCAUUCUGAGCCCUCUGCCCAUCAACUGCGCCAUCUCGCUUGGUGCGCCCGGUAGCGCUAGAACCGUUACCGUCCCGCGCUUAGCCGGAGCCCGUAUCUGGUUUUGCGAAGACGGCCCCCUCACCUUUCUCAUCAACCCCGGCCCUGCCAUUGUAGAGCCCUCUGUCCAUAACCCUUCGGACCCCAACUACAACCUAAGCUGGGGUUUCGCAGAGUUCACCUACAACGACUUCCAGCUCUUCGUCAACGUCUCCUACGUUGACUUUGUGAGCAUCCCCGUCUCCCUCACCCUCGAGACCAAGGCCGGCGAAAAGAUGACCCUCCUCGAGCAGGAUGCCCGGGAUAAGGCCGGUUGGUCCAAGCUGGUCGUGCGCAAAUCCAACGGGUCCAACCUUCGCGCCCUGAGCCCAAACUCUGGCAUCGUCGCCUCGGGUGGUUCGUUGUUCAAGGACUACUACACUGCCCAUGUCGACGCGGUGUGGGAAAAGUAUCGACGCGCCACCAUAACCAUCAACACCCAGAAUGGGAACUGGGGCAAUGUGAACGGCCGCGUGACAGGCGACGGCCUCCUCACCUUCGAUGGCGGUGUAGGGCGCGGCUUCCCUAAGCCGGCAGCAGUAGAUAUCUUCAACUGCGACACCGGGCCGUUUGGUCGGGGCCCGGACUGGUCCGAGCUCCGGGGUAAUGUGGGCGCUCGCUUGGCGGCCGGGUUCAACCGGUCGACGCUCUUGGCCGGCGAAGAGCAUCCCGAGGGCGCCAAGGUCCAGGGUACUACAAGGAAACUGUGA